CCACCCUGAAAAAUAUGAUGGCCAGCGCCUAAGAUAGGAUAAUUAACUGUCGAUUGUGACGAAUCUGGACGACAUAAAGCAGACAUCGUGGAUUUUACUUUUUUCGGGUAAAACUAGCGUAAUUCCUUCCAGAAUGAUUUCGAAACAACGAAAAAAAAAUUGCUUUAUCUGCAAAACUAGAUUAAGACAGGAACAAUGAUAUAUAAAGCUCAAAGAGUGCACUGUUUAACUUCGUCAUGCAGGCUUUGGUUUUAUGAUUAUUAUCGGCGCUGUAUUUAUUCAAAUCUCAUCUAAGCUUUCCUGUUUCUCCAGAUCGCAAGAUAUCUGAUUGUAGAUGCGGCAGUAAAACUACUCAUUGCGCAGACUGAGGUAAACAAUGGGCCAAUAUAGGUGAAUUGAACGAAACAGGAAACAAAGAUGAAUUAUAAUUUAUAAGAGUUGCAUAAAAGUCGUCAACGUUUUUUUUGUUAGAAGUUCCGCUCAGCUUUCGAGCUCGUAGGUUAUUCUAUUGCUCUUCUGAUAAAUUUUCUAACCACCAAGAUGAGGUCCAAAUUUGUUCUGUUUUUUGCCCUUGUACACGGCGUUUGGUCCCAGCAAUGCAACCCAUUCAGAGGCCCUUCAGGAACCACUUCUUGCGUCCAGUUGCAGGCCUACAACAACCAGUAUCAGUGGGUUAUUUGCCUCACUAAUAGUUCCAUUCACGAACAAAGUGGCGACAGACACCAUUGUGGAAACCCCUCAAGCGAAUAUUGUUGGUACCAGUGCAUGCUCUUGGUGUACAGCAUAGGAAGUGGCUCAGUGUCCAGGGACUGCUCCUGCACACCUGGAAGUACAGCUGCUAGACAUCUGCCGCAAUCAUGUUACAGUUCACCUCGUGAUCCUUGUGACUGGUAUCGUGAUUGUUUGGUAAGGCUGUAUCACUGUGAAGCAGCAACUAACGCUUAUGCAAUUGAUUAUGCUGAGAGGUUUUGCAGGGUGUACGACGAGCAAAAAGCGUUACUCAGUCCUGCUGCGCAGAAAUGGGUAUACGACGUUCGAAAGUGUCUUCAAGCCACUCUAGAACCAUUAGUGCUUCCCUGGGCCAGCCCCACGUGUCACGAAAUACGACAGAAAGCGCUGGCUUCUCAAACUACAUGCUACUUGACUCCUGUCAAAGAUGCCAUGCUCACUGUUUUCUCGAUUUGCAGCCUUGAUUGCUCGGACUAUUUCAAGAUCUUCUGGAGCAUCAAACGAUCCUUCCGUAAGCUGGACACAGCUUGGGAAUCCCUUAAAGGCCUGUGGAACACAGAAAAAACAUGCGGUGUGGACAGUCAGAUUAGCAGCUGCAGCUUCAAAGAAGGCACAAAAGAGCUAAUCAAAAUCACAAGACUUGUAGUUCAAAAAUUCAACCAAGGAGGAAGGCGUUUAACUGAUUCUCUUCCUGAGGCUGAUCUCCAAAGUCGGUUUGUAGAUGGAAUCGGCCAAGCCAUUGCAAAUACCUUGAAGUGGAAAACAGAUGUGAUGGAAUGGCUUGCCUACAGCGGAAAUAUGAAUGAUGCUUCUGAUAACCUUGAUGUUUUGUUAGUCUUGGCAGACAUGAAAGCUCUGGGUAUUGUAACUACGUCUAUAACGUCCGUUAACUUAGACCAGACCAUCCAAGAGUUUGCCUCAGAAGUAGAAAACGGAUCACUUCCUUUGCAGGUGGAUGGUUACAAUGUUUGGGUCAAGUCUUUGGCUUUGUGCUCUGAUAAAUCAUGUCACCAGGCCCAGACACUGGCAAUUUCAGACAAGCCUCCAAAAUGGAAUAGUGUUACGAUAAUCUCUCACGGUGGCCAUGUUGGACUGGUUGGUGCCAUUGCUGUCUUGAUCAUGUGCGAAGCCAGUAUUUUCUGAUGCACUGAGAAGUACAUACAUUAGAUAGUUAUAGCAUGGUCUAUACGAUUCUGACUUAUCACUGCAAUACUUUUAAAAUCCGUAGCGUAUUUUUUGUAGCUAUUGCAUUGGACGUUUCCAAGGAAACAACCUCGUUGAAGUGAGAGGUUACAGAAAUGCUAAAACCUACCCUCAUGUAGUUAAAAAAAGGAUAGUGUUAGUAAAGUGCAACUAACCGUGAUAAACGCACAGGUAAACAAAAUAAAUAAAUUAAUAAAUUACAGGCGGCCCAGACGUUAAAUACGAUUAAUACGUGACGUUAUGCUGUUGGCGAUUGCGUUACAAUUUUAGCCGUUUAUAACUGAGACAAUGUAAGACAAUGCGUCGAAAAUUGCUCUCAAUUUAAUGCUACGUGUAGAAAAUAAUUUAAAUAAAAAUGGAUUACCUUA